UCAACUAUUGCUAAAUGUAGGCUAGGAGGAUGGAUGUUGUUUGGGGAGAAACUGCUGGAGUUGAGGGCCAGCUACUUCUGCUAUGCCCAAUACUUUUUGUUUUGCAGGGAUUUGAAGCCUAUGUUGGUGUGUUGUUGCUUAAUACUGCUCUAAAUGGAUCCAAUUUGGAUUGGCAGGUAAUUACAUGCGGGGUUCUUCUCAUAGUCAUGGCUGUUGGAAAUUUUGCUAACACGGUGCAGACUCUAAUAACGAAAUCUAAGGUUAAGGCAAAAAUCAAGAGAGGUAAAAGCAGGCAAGAGCUGCAUCAACUGAAUCAUGGAUCAGAUGACAAGAGUUCGUAAACAGCUCGCUGUACCAAGUUUGCUUCUUUGUGCAGUUUCUUUCCUCACAGCAGGUUUUUGGCCUUUUUAUGUUUGUAAACUGUCGAGCUGUAUUAUGAUAGUAAACUUGAAUAGUAGGAGUUAGAAAUCCAUAUUUGUCAUUUAUUAUAGGAUUUCUACACUGUUUUGGUUCCAUAUAGAGAGCUUUAUCUAGAGUGUCGCAUGCUUGUGUCCUUUA